AAUGUUCCUAACACACCAUGUGUCUUCUUAGGUUGCUUGGAUCCUGAGAAAUUCAAGGACUUUAAACUUGUUAAACGCACUCAGCUCAGCCAUAAUGUGGCUAAAUUUAAAUUUGCUCUUCCAACACCAACAUCAGUGUUGGGACUUCCUAUUGGACAGCAUAUUAGUUGCAGAGGAAAAGAUAGCCUUAAUGAAGACGUUGUCAAACCAUAUACCCCAACAACUUUGGAUUCAGAUGUUGGAUACUUUGAAUUAGUCAUAAAGAUGUAUCCACAAGGAAGGAUGUCUCAACAUUUUCAAGUGAUGUGUGAAGGUGACUAUCUGGCGGUAAAAGGACCUAAG